CACCAACUAAAGAAAACAAACAUGUAAUAAAACAACAACAACUAGACAUUGCUACACUAUGGAUUGUUUUUCUCAGGUACAUGGUGUUGUUGGUUCAUCUCUGGGAGGAAUGUCGUCACUAAUGACUGGCUGUAUGUACCCUGACAGGGUGCGACGAGUAGUGUCCAUAUCAGCAUGUGCACAGUCACAUCCAGCGUCCAUUGCCAUGAGAUAUGUACAGAGGCGUGUCCUUAUGAGUGACCCUAACUGGAACAAAGGCUUCUAUUAUAAUGGUCGUUUUCCAAGACUUGGCAUGAAGCAUGCGCGUGAAGUGGCUACCAUUACUUACCGAAGUGGACCAGAGUGGGAAGAACGAUUUGGAAGGCAAAGAAUAGAAUCCAACAGUAAAAUUGAACCCAAUUUUUGUCCUGAAUUUGAAAUUGAAAGCUAUCUAGAUUACCAGGGUGAUUCUUUCUGUGCUAAAUAUGACCCCAACUCAUUACUGUAUAUAUCAAAGGCUAUGGAUUUAUUUGAUCUUGGUGAAGGGUUUAGUUCCUUGGUUGAAGGCGUUUCCAGACUACAAUGUCCCACAUUGGUUAUCGGGGUGCAGUCGGAUGUUUUAUUCCCCAUAAGCCAACAAAGAGAACUUUUUCAGUUACUUCAAGAAGCUGGAAACAACAGUGUGACUUAUUACGAGCUGAAUUCUAUAUAUGGCCAUGAUACCUUUCUCCUUGAUGUCACUGCAGUUGGAGCCGCGGUUAAGGGUCAUCUUGAAACUGACUUGAAAGUGAACGCCCUGAAAAAGAGACGAAAAUGAGACCUUUUAUCAAGGAGUUAUAUAUAUCACAUGAGUUUAGAUUUCAAUCAUUUGUUCAUCCUCGCCGAUGUGGUUACACCAAAUAAGAACUUCAAAACUCAACGUGUAUGAAACAGUAGCUUCGAGCAUUUUUAUAUCUCGAGCUUGGAAUAUUAUCCAAAAACCUAUUAUAAUAAAUAUUAUAAUAUACAUUGAUAAACAAAUCAAGCUUC